UGGUGGUGGUGUCACAUUGGUACCAUUGGCGUGUCGACUAAUCUGGCAGACAGCUAGUCAGACCAUGCUUCCUGCUCCACGUUAUGGCGCUGCAUCCCAUCCCAUCCCAAUGAUCCCAUCCCAUCCCACCCCAUUCCAUCUUUCUCCACCAUCUCGAGCCCACAUGCACACUGCACCGCGCUGCACUGCACUGCACCGCACCACACUUGGGCGUGCAUCGCGUCAAAUCCGAGGCCAGCGUGCGUUUCGACUCGAUGCUACGGCUGAGAUUGGCCGCACUACUUACCUACAUACCUAGCACAUACAUCCAGAUGAUCGUCUCCCCUCCCUCCCCCCUCCUGAUUUCUUUCGGAUCUUGGUGCACGAAGUCAAGUACCGGAUUACGUUUGGUUUGCCACUCACUCACUCUGCGCCUCUGCGCCUCGAGGU